AUGAAUGCGUUAAACAUGCAAGGGGGGCUGCGGCGGAAAAUAUCGGCGACCAGUAGAUAUAAUUAUCAAAACACAAAUGGCUACUGUGAUGGCUACUGCACGCGAUCUGGUGAUAAUUGGGUAAAGCGAGAUGUGGGCACGGUGACAGGAAGUGCCUCCCAUCACCAUGCUACUCCUCGUCAGGGUGUCAGAACCGCAGCAUUAGACGGCGUAGUUGCGCCCCACGAGUCUGUUUCGUUUGAGAGAGGACAGGCCGUUGAGGAGGGCGUCGCGGAGUUUGUCGAGUCCCCUGAGGACGGUGACAGAUCAGUUGGGUUGUCCGAGGAUGCCUUCCAUUGGGUUUCAGCACAAGGGCUAUGCAGAACUAUGCCGAAUUCAUUAAAAAUGCGGGUAGCCAAUGUGUUCCAUACCGGCUUGCUGGGAGCACAGUGCAUACACUCAACAUAUUCGGAAGGGGACAGCGCCCUGUCACCGAUCUCCAAGUUCGGUGGCGGAGUCUGUUUGGUGAAUGACUAG